CUCAUUCCACAGGUUUGUUCCUUGCAAUGUGAGGGAUCCUUGACCACUGUGACAGAAUGGCAGAGAUGUGAGAACAUCCUGUCUCCUGUCAGUGCUGUGUUUGAAAUUACCAAAAGGGAGCAAGAGAGGGUGCCCACAGCCUCAGACCUCCAAGAGGUGCCAGUCAAGCGUUAUGGAGGAUUUAUGAAAAAACUGGAUAAGAACAAAUUCUUCUUUAACUCCCCAAAGCGAGAGAGUGGCAUCUACAAGGGAGAAGCCAGUAAGCCCUACAGUGGUGAGGUCCUGCACAAGUAUUGGAAGAAGGACCUCCUGGAGAUACCUGACUCUGAGCAGGAAACAGAGGUCAAUGACAAAUUGGAGGAACAGACCCAGGCAAGAGAUGAGAAGCGCUAUGGAGGGUUUCUGCGCAAAUACCCCAAGAGGAGCCUGGAGGAUUUACAGGGUGUGCAGUUAGACAGGAGGGUGAUACUGGACCCAGAGCUGGGGUCAGAGCAGGGGGUGGAAGAGCUGGAGACAGAACAGGGGGUGGAGACAGAACAUGGAGUGGCAGAUCUUCAGAAGCGCUACGGCGGAUUUAUGCGCAGGAUUCGGCCCAAAUUGAAGUGGGACAAUCAGAAAAGAUAUGGGGGAUUUCUUCGGCGUCAGUUCAAGGUCACUACAAGGUCAGAAGAAGAUCCCAGCACCUUUUCCGGAGAGUUGUCCAACCUUUAA